UAUGAAUAGUUUUAUUAUUGAAAGGAAGGAGUGGUUGGACUACUUUUAUACUUUUCCAGUUACUUGUUUGGUCAUAGCCAUAUGCAUUAUUGUUUGGUUGGUUAUUACUUAUAAAGGUUGGUCCUAUUAUGAUGUUGGUUGUAACUACGAUUGCGUGAUUGUGGACAAAGAAACUUGGCGAUGGAUUUCCUCUACUCUUUCACAUAUUUCGUUGAUGCACCUGAUCCUGAAUAUGUAUAGUUUAUGGAAUUUGAGCUGGAUGGAACAACGAUUGGGUUCCUUGGUAUAUUUGACUUGGAACGUUGUGAUUGCUUUCUUAUCAACUUGUGUUACUUUGUUUAUCAACUACUUGCAAUUAACUGUUUUUCAUUCUGAGCAAGUACGACACGUAUAUCUCGUUGGUUACUCUGCAGUACUAUUUGGUCUAUUUGUUAUUGCCAGUCAACAUAUAAAAGUUGCAAGGAUUUGGAUAUUAGAUGAAGUUUUGAUUUCGCCUAUUUGGAUACCUUUUAUUUCUUUGGGAGUUGUAACUUUAUUGGUUCCUGAAGCUAGUUUUUGGAAUUCUGAUAGGGUUUCUUAUCUGUUUAGAUAAGUACAAUGACUGGUUUCAGUUGCCAUGGUGUUGGAUAUGGUUGUUAGGAAUAGGAUGGACAACAUUCAUAACGA